AUGGAAUCAAAUUGUACCAUAUGUUUGGAUCAAUUCAAAUAUCCACUUGGAAAACCUGAUAAUUGUGAGCAUAAAUUUUGUUUCAAAUGUAUUAGUGAUUGGUUUAAAAAACGUUCACAAUGUCCACUUUGUGGCAUAACGCCCAAAUAUCUUAUUAAAAUUGAAGAAAAUGAGAAUGAAACAAAAGUACCAGUGAAAAAACGGACAGCAAAACAAUUUGAAAAUGAGCUUCUUGUCCGAGAACAAUUGGAAGAUCAUAGUGAAUCUGUGGAUGUAACCAUUGAGUAUGCAAAUUGCCGUUCAUGUAGACGUUCAGAUAAUGAACAUUUACUGUUACUUUGCGAUGGUAAUGUUGGUCGAAAUGCUGAUGGUUCCAUGAUUCGCUGUAAUGUCGCCUAUCAUAGCUAUUGUUUACCGGAAAAAUUGGAACAAAUCCCGGAAGAUGACUGGUUUUGUCCAUUCUGUGCGAACAAACCAGAAAAUGCGAAGCAUCUACCGAAACAAACAAAUUUAAAUGUAUUGCCUUCAGAAGCUGGUACCAGUAAUUCAAUACUGCCAAAGGAUGAGAAAGUUGUUUGCCAAGACUCGAGAUAUCAUUCGGAUGGAAAUUCGAAAAAGGAUGAAGUGAAAGUAGAAACUACUGAAUGCAGUAGUACUACAGACUCCAAAUCAAUAGUUAUUCAUGGUGCUUAUGGAGAUUCAGAUGCGGAAAGUGAAUCGAUCGAAAGUAACUGUAGUGAUGAAAAUAGCGAAUUAUAUUCAGAAACUGAUGUAACUGCUGAUAAUUAUGAUGAUGAUGAUUAUGAAGAAACAGAUUUUGAUAAGAUAACAGGAUCUAGCAAUGAAAUAACGGUUGAUGAUUCGGAAGCAGAAAAUACUAAUGGCAAGUUAAUUCUGUUGAAGAAUUAA